GCUUGUGGCACAGGCUUUUAAACAAUAGUUGACUUCUUCAAGACUUUGAUAAACACGCAUAACCCAUAUAAAUCCUCCCGGGAAGAAGCAGAAAAAUCAUAACGGAUCAUGUUGGGUAGCCUUGGAGAGGAAGAGCUCGAUCAAAUGAUCAGAGACUACAUUGAAUCAGAUCAAUCAACCUCACCAACUCCAGUGUCAAAACCUGCCCCCAAAAAAUCUCAAUCAAUCUUGCAGGAUAUUCUCUUGGAGGCAACAGAUAUUGAGACUCAGCUUCUUGACAAGGUCUUGAUGCAUGUUAGAGGUAUGGGAGAACCCAAUAGUCUCAAAGAAUGGGUGGUCAAGAGGUUGCAAAUGGAUGGUUAUGAAGCUUCUCUAUGUAAAACCUCCUGGGUUUCCUCUUUUGGCCACGAAGUUAUCCAGUUUACAGGAGAUUACGAUUACAUAGAUGUAAUGAUCACGGACCAGAACUUAAGCAACAAGACAACAAGGCUGAUAGUAGACAUGGAUUUAAGGUCGCAGUUUGAGUUAGCAAGGCCUACUCAAACAUACAAAGAGCUCAUUAACGCUCUUCCUCCAGUCUUUGCUGGCUCUGAAGAGAGGCUUGACAAGAUAAUCUCUCUUUUAUGCUCAGCUGCCAAAGCCUUGCUCAAAGAAAAUGAUCUCCAUAUUCCUCCAUGGAGGAAAGCCGAGUACAUGCAGUCAAAAUGGUUCUCCAAGAACUGCAAUAAAGUCUCAGUCAUGCUCGACCCUGAACUGGGCUCGGAUGCAAGUGAAGAGAAAAACAGGGCUACAUGUUGUCCCUCCAUCUUUUUAGCAGAGGAGCAAUAACUUCUAGCAAAUUAUAAAGCCUAGAGAAGAAAGAAAUCAGUACUGGUGCAUGGUGGGUUCUGCCUUGGUUCGAGCCAGUUUUGUUAAACCUCUAGUACAUGUUAAUCUGGAGUUUAUUUCUCUUUCCAUCUUCAAGCAAAUUUCAAAAUUUAAAUCUGGGUCAGUUUUUGAGGCAGACCUCAGUUUUUGGAUUUUGUACGUUUCUGUGGACCAUAUUACUAUCAAGGGCGCUUGUCCUCUUCAAUUAUGAGCCUUGCCAAUUUUGUAGGAAGAAGGGGAUCAUGAACUGGAGCAAAUAUUGCUAGCCAUGUGAUCUGCUAUUUUGCGAUAAAUGUUAUUAUGGGUGUGAGACUUAUGGAACCCACAACACAGCUUU